UCUCCAUUUCUCACACACCCAGUGAGCCAACACACAACAACACAAAGUCCCUAAAUUCCAAAAAAAGAAACUCAUAAAACCGACAUCUCUCUCAGAUCGUUUCUCUUUCUCUCUCUUCUUUCAUUCAUUGAGUCAGUGUAAUAAUUUUCACCAAAUUCAAAAUCCCCAAAAACCCACCUCCGAAAGCCCCCUUUUUCUUCUCUCACUCUCUUUCAAAACCCACUGAUUUAUACUAUUGUUUUUUCUCUUAUUUCGUUUUUGGGUUUUUUAUUUUUAAUGAGAUUGAAUUCAAUUGAACAGCAAGUUUGAAAUCUUCAACUCCGUGCCUGCGUAGUAACUGGAACAGAGAUAAUAGCAGGGAGUGAAGCGGCGCGUGUGGCUUGUUCUCAUGGCUAAGCGCGUUUAUGAAGUGUGGAAAGGAAGUAAUGUAAGAGGAGCCUUUUUUAUUAUUAUUUUAUUUUUUAAACUGCUUUGAUUGUUUUUAUUUUGAAUCUUAGUUAAAGUUUGGAUUUUAGCAUCUGGGUAUUGUUUAGAUUUCUGGAGUCUUUUUUGGGUUUUGUUUGUUUUAGUUCUAUUUCUUUUAACCUCAUUGUUCUCUAAUGUGUUCAUUUUUGUCCUGUGUUUAGUGGUUCACUGCUUUAGGUAUUUCGAGGGUUUGUUAUAUUGCUUUCCAAUGGGUGCAUUUAUUUUCCUUUCUUUUUUCUUUUCCUUUUUCCGAGUUGGUAAGUGAUUGGCCUUUUAAAGCUCAAUACUUUAUUUUUAGAAGUUUUGUUUUUUGUGAUUUUUUAUUUUCAUUUGAUAAGCAAUCAGAGUCUGAUUUAUUGGGUGCUAAGGGCUAGUGAGAGUUUGAAUCAAGGAACGGAGUUUUUUUGUUGAAAUCAUGCGCGAUUUUCAAUUUUGUGAUGAGCUUCUUUUUGUUUUUUUUUUUUUUUCUUUCUAAAAGACAGUUCAGCAAAUGCUUUGUUAAUUGUUAUUGAGCUGUGAGCAUAAAAUUAGUUCUCAUGAUGCUUUUUCUUCUUCCUUUUAGCAAGGAUUGUUGGAGAUGUGAUUUUAAUAUUUUUACUGUUGGGUUUUGUAUGUGUAGUUUCUACCUUGUUAAUAUCUAAAUACAUGUAACUGAUGACUAUGAGUUGAGACACCUUUUGCAAACAUUUUACUUUUAGUUUUUGAUUUUUUUUUUUUAAAUCUUGGAAAACAAAAGCAACUAUAAUAAGACAUAGUUUCCGAUGCAUGCUUUAUCCUGAUGCAUAACUUGGAAAACUUAAAAGAUAAACAAAUAUUAUAUUUUCUGAAGGGUUCUUAAGUGAAUUCAACAAUGAGUUAAAUUUGGGUUAAACUCCAAACUUUGUUUUAUCUCAUCUUCCCUCUUUCCUAGGAGAAGCUAGCAGAAUACGAUUGCUCUCUCAUUAAAGCUUAAGCUUAUGCAUCACUUGCGGCUGCUCUAUCAAUGAGCAAUUUCGUGGGAAGAGAGGUUCUCUGUGCCUUGGUACAAUACACCAUGUCUUUGGUUGUGAACUGUGGCCAGCCCUGCAGUGGGAAAUUCUCAGCUGCAGUUUGAUUAGCUGAAGCACUCAAAGAAUCAGCCACAGGGCGCAUUUUGGAUUUUUUCUGCCAUGUUUCUUAGACGAGCUGCAGUCACAUUGCCUUACUCAAGAAGCAUCUUUUCUGCUAAAAAUACUCAUGAUCUUGCCAGUGCUAUCACUGAGAUGAAUAAGGAAAUGGAAUCUGUAUUUGGAGAAACACCUUCUGGUGGUGGGUUUUCUGGUUCACUUAAUAACAAUCAUAUGCUACAAGAACCACAAGUCAGUCCUAGUGACGAUGUUUUGGCUCAAGACUCCCAGUCUAUAUCUGAUUCUAUGAAUCAAAAUGCAUUUGGGUUGACGCAUGUUAGCAGUUCAGGAGAAGCCCAAAUGGUGGAUGUGUCUCCCAAAGAAAAUAGUAAGAGAACUGCUAUUGCUACUUGCAAGGUAUUACUGGGAAAGAAGGUCUUUGAUAUGGUUUUAGCCAACCAAAUGGCAAAAGGAGAUGUUCUUACCGUGGCCAAAAUAGCUGGCAUAAAUGGAGCAAAGCACACAAGCAGCCUCAUCCCACUUUGUCAUAAUAUUAUUCUAAGUCAUGUACGUGUGGAUCUAAUGCUGAAUCCAGACAAUUACAGUGUGGAAGUUGAAGGCGAGGCUUCAUCUUCCGGGAAAACGGGUGUUGAAAUGGAAGCACUGACUGCCGUCUCCAUUGCGGGCCUAACGGUGUAUGACAUGUGCAAGGCUGCUUCUAAAGAAAUCCAGAUAACAGAUGUAAGGCUUGAGCGUAAAACCGGUGGGAAGAGUGGGGACUGGCAUCGAAACACAACCAUACCAACGCGUACAUCGACCAAAAAUGAUAAAGAGUCUGAUCAAGUAUUGCAUGGAGGACUAAAGGAGUAAUGGCCUCUUUCAGAGAAGAGUAAAAUGAAAGUGCGGCAAAAUGAAGUGGAGGUUAUAUUGCAAGUUCUCCUUUUCUUAAUUUCACGAGUUUAAUUGUUGAAUGAAAUAUUUGCCAUCAAAUAAAUCAAAUAUUUUUGAAGGUUCUCAUUUUUCUCUUAAUUUGAUUUAAAACUAACUUAAGUUAAACAGUGACAUUCUAUGAAUCUUAUACCUAAUGGACUAUAGAAGAAUCGAAUUAGAAAAUCUGACAUGGAAAGAGUGGUAGAAGAAGCCAAUUCGACAGUAGCAAGCCAUUGUUUAUCAACAUUCAGUUGAAUGUAAUUGCAGGAAUCGAUCAUCACUUCAGUGGCGUUCUACCAUGCAAGAGUGCAUUUAUUGCUCGUGUUUGUGCUUCUGUUUUGAUAGAGUAGUUUGUUUGGACCAAAAAAUAACGAAGUAGUUUCUUAAUAGGUUUGAGCAUUUAAUUCUGCCCCCAUAACUUUUAUUUGGUCAAUGCUAGGAGCAUAAGUACAACAAUGUCUUGUAAUAAUUGGCUAUAGCCAGUAAUAGAAAUCUCAUUCCCUAUAAUUAUAUAAGGAAAAGGUGCAUUUUUGCCCCCUAAUGUUUUCUGUGAGACGCUCAUUGGCAUUUAAACUAUUUUUGAGUGCAAUAAGGCACAAAAUUAUCAAAAUCUUCAAUCCAUGCACUUGAGGAUAAACCGAAUAAACAGUUUAUUAUCUAUGACCUAGCAAAUAAAGUGGGUCUCACACCUCAUCUUGUCCUUUACCUAAAAUUUCUCUUGCUUUCUUUUGAUAAUGGGGAAAAGGAGGGAAGUGGGGUUUGAACCCUCUUACCUCCCACACGAGCUCCAUAGAGCUCUCCCAUUAGACCAAAGGCCUAGUGGUCUUUCUAUUUGUUCUUCCAAAUGAACCUUAUCUUCCUUGUUAUAAAAAAUGAUUGAAAGAAAAGAGACCUUUUAGUGAAAAAAGAAGAGAUUGUUGCAAUCUGAAGACAAUGGCUAAUCAAAACUUGGAGAAGAUGGGAAUGAUGAAUUAUACUUUGAAGAUGAUGGAGAAGAUGAUCUUGUUAUUCGUAAUGGUGGCUAAUCAAAUUCUUCACCGCCUCUGUCGCUGCAAUUUGAAGAAGACGAUCUUGUUCUUCCUAGGGAUGACUUUUCUCGUAGAUGACUUUUUGUUCUUCUCUGAAACAAGUCCAUGAAUUCUUUCUAGGCGAUGAAAGGCAGGUGCACUGUCUGUGUGGCAAUGUCUUAGCUUAUCAAGAACAUGACAGACACAGAUAUGGCUAAUGAGCAAGCGUUGUCAUCGUCAUCACCAUCAUCAGAAAGGAAGCCUGAAGAGGAGAAUGGAAUAGAAUGGCGUAGAUGGUUGGCGGCUGGUGACUGUAAGUUUAUUGCAGGCUACAACUUUGAUUCCUGUUGUUGUCGUGGCAGCUGAUGGGAGUGAAAAUUACCGGACUGUAUCGGAGGCAGUGGUAACACAAGUUAUAAUUGAUUAACUGAAAAAUCAAAUCAAAUUUUUAGUGGUUGUUGGACAGCAAGCUUAGUACGAUGGCUUCUUUAUUUUAAGUGGUGGCAUCCGUUAAUUUUUAUUAACUGUAAAAACAAAUGUUCUUUGUUUUAUCUCAUUUUUCUUUCUUGUA